CCUUGGUGCAAAGCCAGGAGUCUGCGCGGGAGGGGAGAACUCAUAGCACUUCCUCCUCGAGCCCGCGUCCUGGCCUCCAGGCGGUCCCAGCGCAGAGACGACUAGCGCGCGCCUCUCCGCUCAGCUCAGCCGGGUGCAGUUCAGAGCAGCCCCGCGCAUCUCCGCGGCACCAGGUACAUUCCAGCACAGCUCGGCACAGCCCCGUCAGCCGUCGAGAUGGGUGAAUCAAAUGAAGACAUAGACCAGAUGUUCAGCACUUUGCUGGGGGAGAUGGACCUCUUGACCCAGAGUCUAGGAGUGGAUACUCUUCCUCCUCCAGAGCCCAAGCCACCCCGAGAAGAGUUCAACUACAGUGUGGGCUUUAAGGAUUUAAAUGAGUCCUUAAAUGCCCUGGAGGACCAAGACUUAGAUGCUCUCAUGGCAGAUUUGGUAGCAGAUAUAAGUGAAGCCGAGCAGAGGACCAUCAAGGCCCAGAAAGAGUCCUCUCAGAAUGAGCAUCAUGCGGCGUCAGGAGGCCAGGGUGCAGCCUCGCUCAGUUACGGAGCAAGCGCUGCUGCAGCUGGUGUUAGCCUCUGUGAGGAUGGUUUACCACCUCCACCCCCAGAACCCAUGUUAGACCUUCCACCACCCCCACCUCCACCUCCUCCCGAACCUCUCUCUAAAGAAGAAGAAGAAGCCCAAGCAAAGGCUGAUAAAAUUAAAUUAGCGCUGGAAAAACUGAAGGAAGCCAAGGUUAAAAAGCUUGUGGUGAAGGUGCACAUGGACGACAACAGUACCAAGUCACUGAUGGUGGAUGAGCGACAGCUGGCGCGGGAUGUUCUGGACAAUCUUUUUGAAAAAACCCAUUGUGACUGCAAUGUGGACUGGUGUCUGUAUGAAAUAUAUCCUGAAUUGCAAAUUGAGAGAAUUUUUGAAGACCAUGAAAACGUUGUUGAAAUCUUAUCAGACUGGACAAGAGACACUGAAAACAAAGUACUGUUCUUGGAGAAAGAGGAAAAAUAUGCUGUGUUUAAAAACCCUCAGAAUUUCUACUUGGAUAACAAGGGGAAAAAAGAAAACAAGGAAACCAAUGAGAAAAUGAAUGCUAAAAACAAAGAAUCCUUACUGGAGGAAAGUUUCUGUGGCACAUCCAUCAUCGUCCCAGAACUUGAAGGAGCUCUUUAUUUGAAAGAAGAUGGGAAGAAAUCCUGGAAACGGCGCUACUUUCUUCUGAGGGCUUCCGGAAUUUAUUAUGUUCCCAAAGGAAAGACAAAGACAUCCCGAGACCUGGCGUGCUUUAUACAGUUUGAAAACGUUAACAUUUACUAUGGGGUUCAGUGCAAACUGAAAUACAAAGCUCCCACCGACCACUGCUUCGUUCUAAAGCACCCUCAGAUCCAGAAGGAAUCUCAGUAUAUCAAAUACCUCUGCUGUGACGAUGCAAGAACUCUCCAACAGUGGGUUAUGGGAAUAAGGAUUGCCAAGUAUGGAAAGACCCUCUAUGACAACUACCAGAAGGCUGUAGCAAGAGCUGGACUUGCCUCUAGGUGGACGAACCUGGGAACUGCUGGAGCAGCAACGCCAGCUCAGACUACUACAGGACUUAAGCCAGGCACUAGCCAACCCAAUGGCCAGGUUCCCCGGGCUGCACCUUCGGCUGGUGGUGUUCUCCAAGUGACCCAGACACAAAUUGAAAUAACUAAGGAGGAGAAGCAAGGCUUGGGUAACCACUACCCAGCAGCAACCAAGGAGAACAAUGGCCCUAAGUCCAGCCUGCCACCACCCCCUCCACUAAGACGAUCUUCGGACACCUGUGGCAGCCCCGCCUUACCACCCAAGUCCAAGGGCCCUGGCAACUGCUCUUUCCCCGCCCCGCCCGAGGACUUCCUGCCGCCGCCCCCGCCACCUCCGCCCGAGGAGGACAGCGACAGCGAGUUACCACCACCACCACCACCACCACCGGGCUUCCUGGAGGAGCCACCGGACUUCAUUCCACCGCCCCCACGGGCUGCGGCUGUUGAAGGCUCUGCAUUGCCACCACCGCCACCACCCCCGCCCUGUGUCUCUCAGGAGACAACCAGGUCAUCUCCAAUGCCCCCAAAAAAGCCCCCAAUGCCCCCCAAGAGGCAAGAGAACCAAGGACUUCCCGCUGCAUCAGGGAGCGGCGAGCAAGAUUUCAUGUCGGACCUCAUGAAAGCUUUGCAAAAGAAAAGAGGCAACAUGCCCUAGGGAUAUCUGUUAGCGCCUGGGGUCAUUUCUAAGUCCAUCCAUGUUUUGGUACUCUACUGCCGUGGCAUCUUGAUCAUUUUAGUAAAAUGUUUUCCGACUAAAAAUCAUAUAAAACUCUUCACUGUUGUAAAUACUAUGUUCAUAUCCAUUAAAGUAGCGGAGGAUUUCAGACUAACUGUAUACAUCCAAGCACACACGUACCUCCUGUGUGUUUCCACCUGAGUGGAUUUCGUCUUGCAGUCCAGGAUCACUGAAAUGAUAUUCUAGGUUCGUUUUAUUG